UGUUCGAAGAGCUAAGUCCAAAUCAAAAAUAUAUAAUGUUAGGAAGGCUGACUUUAAGUGUAUGAGACUAAAACUAGAAACUGUGAACUGGAUGGAGUUAAAUAACAAAACUGUUGAAGAGGCCUGGGAAUUUUUUAAAAGCACAUUAUUGCAAGUGCAAGAGGACUUCAUACCUGUUUCCAGCAAGAAUAAAUCUAGGAAAUUGCAACCUAGGUGGUUUACUAGGGAAAUAAAGCAUAAAGUAAGGAGGAAAAGGGCUUUGUUCCAGCAAUGGAAAAUAACUGAUGAUGACAGAAUUAAGCAGGAAUAUCUAAGUCUACAGGCUGAGUUAAAAAAUGAUAUUAGACGAGCUAAAAGAAAUGUCGAAAGGAUGGUUGCAUUGGAAGCUAAGGAUGACGUUAAAAGUUUCUUCCAGUAUUUUAACUCUAAAAGAGCUCUAAAACCUGAAAUUACUAAUCUGCAGGAUAGUAAGGGUCUUAUAAUAGUAAACGACAUUGAUAUAGCAAAUGAGUUCAAUGAUAGUUUUGCACGGGUAUUCACUGUUGAGGACCUUAGUAAUUUACCAGUUAUUACCUAUCCAGCAUUGUCUAUAGCUAAUAUAUAUAUAACUGAAGCAGAUGUUUUGCAAAGCCUAGCUAAGCUCAAAAUAAAUAAAUCACAGGGCCCUGAUGGCAUCUUACCUAUAGUGUUAAAAGAGAUGAGGGAUAUUAUUUGCCGACCCUUAACUUUACUGUUUCAAAAAUCCUUAUCUGAAGGUGUGGUACCUUCUGAUUGGAAGCACGCCUUCAUAACGCCUAUUUUCAAAAAAGGGGAUAGAAGUAAUUUGUCUAACUAUAGGCCAAUCAGUCUAACUUGUAUAACUGGUAAAGUUAUGGAGGCUUUAAUCAAAGAGAAAAUGAUAGAUUACCUGGACUCCAAUAACAUUUUGCGGGAUAGCCAGCAUGGAUUUAGGAGAGGUAGAUCCUGUUUAACAAAUCUGUUGGAGUUUUUUGAGGAAGCUACUCAGGAAGUUGAUGAUAAGAAGGCCUAUGAUGUCAUCUACUUAGAUUUCCAAAAGGCUUUUGAUGUUGUCCCCCACAAGAGGCUCCUACUUAAACUCAAAGCGACUGGUAUUUUAGGUACCGUAGCGACCUGGAUUGAUAACUGGUUAACAGAUAGGAAACAGCGAGUAGUUAUAAGAGGCACAAUGUCACAGUGGGCUUGCGUUCAUAGUGGGGUACCGCAGGGUUCGAUUUUAGGACCACUAUUGUUCCUAAUUUACAUAAAUGAUAUGGAUACCAAUAUAUACAGUAAACUGGUGAAAUUUGCAGAUGACACCAAGGUGGGUGGUGUAGCAUAUACUGAAUUAGUGGCUCAGCAGCUACAGCGGGAUCUUGAUUUAAUUAGUGACUGGGCCGAUACCUGGCAGAUGAAAUUUAACGUCGAUAAAUGUAAGGUACUCCAUCUAGGGAGCAGAAAUAUAAAGUACAGGUAUUUCAUGGGUGUCACUGAAAUAAAGGUAGCUGAUCAUGAGAAAGACCUUGGUGUGUAUGUUGAUGCUUCCAUGUCCCAUUCUUGCCAGUGUGGGGAAGCAAUAAAAAAGGCCAAUAGGAUGUUGGGGUAUAUCUCCAGGUGUGUGGAGUUUAAGUCAAGGGAGGUAAUGCUAAGAUUAUACAAUUCCUUGGUGAGACCUCACCUAGAAUAUUGUGUGCAGGUUUGGUCACCAUAUCUUAAAAAGGACAUUGUGGCCUUAGAAAAGGUGCAGCGUAGGGCCACAAAAAUGAUUCCUGGUCUUAGAGGAAUGUCAUACGAGGAACGGUUACUUGAGCUAAAUCUGUUCAGUCUCAAGCAAAGGAGAUUGAGGGGGGACAUGAUCCAGGUAUAUAAGAUUCUAACAGGUUUGGAUGCUGUUCAACCAAAUAGUUACUUCAGCAUUAGUUUAAAUACACGAACUCGUGGCCAUAGGUGGAAAUUAGCAGGAGCCUGGGAGAGCGGCUCUUCGAACUUAAAGCAGGGAACCCGCACCGUCGUAGAAUUUGCCCUGGAAUUCCGGACUCUCGCAGCAGGACUCCGCUGGCCGGAGGACUGCCUCCGCAUCAUUUACCGUUGUGCUCUGAACCCGGAAGUUCUCUCCAACCGCAUUGCGGUGCUAGAUGUCAGUGGAGAGCUGCUGCAAGAUGGCCAGCUGAGGCAUCGCAACCCCAGGAUUGACUGGAAGUCAGGUGAGAUCACCGCCUGGCCCUCCCAAUGUCUCCAACAAUGUGUAGCUCUGCCGUACUGUGCCUCAUCGAUCGAGAGCCCUGAGCCCGAGGACCUCACCCAGAUUCCGGGGUACUACUCGGACUAUCAAUAUGCUUUCAAUAAGGGUCGUCUCUAUCCAUUGUCUGUGAAGGAGGUGGCGGCCAUGGAGACAUAUAACCCCUUCGAGGUCAAGGUGGAUCCCUCAGAAGCCAGGGUUGGAGCCAUCCUCCUCCAACGGAACCAGCUCAGGACACCCCGGCAUCACGCAACACUUGGUGGCCCGUCAAUAUUGGUGGCCCGGCUGGAGGGAAGCGGUGGAAAGAUCGCACUCCCCAAGCUCCGUAAUGCUUCUGACCUUGCCGAGAUCCUUAUUACCUGGAUCUUCCGGUAUUAUGGCCUUCCAGAGGAUGUCAUCUCCGACCGAGGCCCUCAGUUCGCCUCCCGCGUGUUUCGUGCCCUGUGUACCAAGUUAAAGAUCUCUUUCAGUCUUCCUUCCGCUUAUCAUCCUCAAUCCAAUGGCCUGGCUGAACAGACCAAUCAAGAGUGUGUUCAAGGGUACUCUCCCUCACUCUUCCCAUGGGAGGGAACUACCGGAGAUGUACCCCGAGUCGAGGACUGGUACUGCAGGGCCUGA